AAAAAAAAAUAAAUAAAAAAAUAGAAAAAUAGAAAAAUCUUUCAUCCGAUCAGAGGAGAUAAAAUUCAAGCCCGGCUACGGGCUGGUGGGGAAGUUUCCGCAGGUUGCUAUUCGAUACGUUAAAUCGAUAUUUAGUUACCAACUUCAUUCUAACUGUGGACGUAAGGAGAUAACACGUGAAAAAUCAUUGAUAACACAUCGUCCGGGUAACUCCUUGUUACGGUGAGAAGGGACAGUGGACGAAUAUGGUGCGAAUCACGAUAGAUCUUAUACGAAAACGUUCGGAGCAUAACGAGGGGGAGAUUUCAACCCUCGAAGAGAUUACCCUGCAUCAGGAGGACAUUGAGAAAAUUGAACACAUAGAUAGAUGGUGCAGAGAACUGAAAAUACUACUUUUACAAUACAAUCUGAUAUCGAAAAUCGAAAAUCUCGGAAUGUUGAAGAAAUUGGAGUACCUGAAUCUGGCCCUGAACAACAUCGAAGUGAUAGAAAAUUUGGAGGGUUUGGAGAGCUUGAAAAAGCUCGAUUUGACCGUGAAUUUUAUCGGGGAUUUACGGGGCGUCAAAUCGCUCAGAGGCAACGAACACCUGGAGUUAUUGAUAUUAACGGGGAACCCUUGCACGGACUACGAGGGCUACCGGGAAUACGUCAUCGCAACUCUGCCGCAGCUCAAGGAACUGGAUAUGUCGGAGAUAACGAGAUCCGAGAGAAUCUGCGCGCUGCAAAAAUACGCCCGAGUCAGCGACGAGGUGGUCAGGGGGUACUGGAGAUACGCGAAAAUUCGCAAGGAACAGAUCCUGAGUCACGAAAAUAGAGAGAUGGCCAGAAUAACUGAACUGAACGAAGAUGGAACGGAAAAGCACGACGACGAUGACGACGAACGGGCGGAAAAAUUUUGGAAGAGUACCAGUUCGCAUACGCCGGAAGACCGCGUCGCCAUCGCUAGAGAGAAUAGAAAAAACAAGGAACGAAAGGAAAAGAAAGAUGACUAUGAUAAAACGCCAAAGUACGUUCCAAAAUUAUUCAACUCCGAGGGACGACCGUUCAACAUCAACCAGCCCAAAGUUCCGUUCCGUUUGGACGACGAGAGUGACAGAGAAAAAGUAAUUCUGGAUGUCGCGGUCUACAAGCAUCUGGACACUUGCUUCUUGGACGUCGACGUUCAGCCCGAAUACGUAAGGGUAAAAAUAAAACAAAAGAUUCUCCAACUGACUUUGCCUUGCGAAAUUAUGACCGAAAAAAGUAAAGUUCAAAGAUCGGAGAUUACCGGACACUUGGUAAUAACAAUGCCACGCCUAAAUCCUCUGAAAUUAAUCGAGUGUCCGGACGUCAAUAUCAAGAAUACGACGGCAAAUAAUAAACCGAUAAAAUCACUGAUGGCUCGGACGGUUCCGUCCAGAAGAGAAUUCUUGGAAAUCGGCCCUGAGAGAGACGAUUUCGAUUACAGUAAGAUAGUGGAGAACAACGAGAUGAAUAAAAACGAAAAAAAAUCGCUGGAAAGGAGGCGCGAAGUUCUCCUUAAACCGGAGGAGAAAAUACCGCCGGAAGAUUUCGUAGACGAUCCCAACGUACCUCCAUUACUCUGACCUUAAUGCGUUGGUACAUGAUACGCUGUCAAAUAUCCACAGAUCCUCUCAAGAAUAAAUUAGAAUCCGAUUUGACAAGUUGAUUAAUUAUUUACCGUAGAUUCUAUUCUUUUUUACGGUACGCACGUUUCGCAUUUUACAUGCAGGAAUUAUUAACACCUCAUCUAGGAGUAAUUAUUCGGUUCUUAAUUAAGGACGGAAAUAAGCGAUGAAUUUUUUUUUCUCCUCAAUUUCAAGGUGCAUGCAAACAUAUACUCACUUUGAAUGGCUCUCGAAAGUCAAUAUCUUUGGUCUCCUUCAGGCCCAACGGUAUCAUGGGCAUUACUGGUUCCUCGCUGUAAUAAAAUGUGCAUAAAGUCGUGUUUAAUUUAAUACUUUGCCAUAAAGAUCUCGCGAAUAAUAACAAGCAACGGAACAGGGAAGUCAAGUAUACUGCACGUAGCAAUGUCAUAUACGCGCAUGAAUACCACCAGGAAUUUGCAAUAACGCGAGUCACAGGAAUUGGGACAAGAGAAUUUUAUAUCAUAGGUAUUCACGAAGUAUGCCGCUAACAUAAUCUCGGAGCGAUAAACCCCCCUGCAUCAUAUGCGCAAAUCUUGUUCGCGGAACCUAACCGAUGCAUCGAAUCUCCAUGUUAAAUCUUUUGACAAUUAUAAAUGGUUAUCGACACGUAUAGUCUACAUAACGUGGCUAAGGCCGGGUAAUUUUCUCUUAUGAAACGUUCACAUUUUUUUUCUACGUCUUUAUGUAUACAUAUACCUGUAAUGACGAUGCAAGAGGAACGGUCGAGUGAAUAUAUCGUACAGGUAUACGCGUAUACCUAUAUCUACACACAUCGGAGAUGCAAAUGAAAAAAGUAAAGUUUGUUAAUUUUUUUUUUUCUUUCGCUGGAUUGCAGGGAGACAAACUAAACUAAAGUAAUUCUCACCGCGAGUAGUUUUUAAGCACUUUAAUUACAUACCUCGAUCUCUCUUAUAACCGCUUUUAAAAUACACAUAUUAUUCUUGUAUAAAUAAAAAUUUUAAUUUCUGUCUUGUACCACAUGCGCUACACCCGAUCGUGUGUAGAGAUAAUACGGUAUGCAUAAAUAAAACUUAUAGU